CAAUUUAACAGUAAUAACCAGAAGAGCAAGUUUACGUAUACGUUAAGUAACAAUUUCACGUAUUAGUACGAUAAUAAUGUAUGUCAAAUUUCAAACACGAUUCUGCGUAGUCUGACGAAGAAUAAGUUUGCUAUUGGGUAGCGUAUAGUUGUUCACUUUCAGCUUCAGCAGAUGUUGGUCUGUGCACUAUUUAGGUUAUCAUUCCCUGUGUUUUGUCUAAAAGUGAAUAAUCAUUUACGGUUUAAUGUUAGCAUGAAAGAAUCUAGAAAAUAAUUAUUGCAAUGGCACCUACUAUUCAGACAAACGGUAGUAGUAAUGAUCGUGACAAACGGACUACAAGACCUGCAGAGAAAAGUGUAUAGAGGUCUAAGUACCACAGCAUUUUUUGUUACAAUUAUCCAUGUUAAUUGAAGAGAGUAUAUUACUUGCAAAUGUCUUAAUAAUAAAAGAGUCGUAUGACUAUUGUAGCUCAAAUGAAAUAAUGGCAAGCAUCGUUAGGACCAAUAGUAAUACGGAUGCUAAUGAUAAACGUAAAGCAAGACCAGUUGACAACAGAUCAGAAUUAAUAUGUAGAGUCAAAUAUUGCAACACACUACCUGAUAUUCCAUUUGACCCGAAGUUCAUCACAUAUCCCUUUGAAUCUACGAGAUUUAUACAGUACAAUCCUACGUCGUUAGAACGUAAUUACAAAUAUGAAGUUUUAACAGAACAUGACCUGGGUGUUGAAAUUGAUUUAAUUAACCGCGACACGUACGCGGGUGAUCUAAACACUCAGCUAGAUCCCGCCGACGAAAAAUUAUUGGAAGAAGAUAUUCUUACCCCUCAGGACUCGAAACGCUCACGACAUCAUGCACGUAGCGUUUCGUGGCUUCGACGUACGGAGUACAUCUCCACAGAACAAACCAGAUUUCAGCCUCAGACUAUGGACAAAGUCGAGGCAAAAGUCGGUUAUAGUAUUAAAAAGAAUUUCAAGGAAGAGACUUUAUAUAUGGAUCGUGACAGUCAAAUAAAGGCUAUUGAAAAAACCUUCGAAGACAAUAAAAAACAAAUUGAGAAGCAUUACAGUAAACCGAAUGUGGUACCGGUGGAAGUAUUGCCAGUAUAUCCUGAUUUCAAAUUAUGGAAGUAUCCAUGUGCCCAAGUUAUUUUCGAUUCGGAUCCUGCACCUACCGGUCGAUCAGUACCAGCACAGAUAGAAGAAAUGUCUCAGGCCAUGAUACGUGGUGUCAUGGACGAAAGUGGUGAACAGUUCGUGGCGUAUUUCUUGCCUUUGGAUGAAACUUUAGAGAAACGCAGAAGAGACUUUACCGCAGGUAUCGAUUACGCAGACGAGGAAGAGUAUGAGUAUAAAAUGGCCAGAGAAUAUAAUUGGAAUGUCAAAAGUAAAACGUCUAAGGGGUACGAGGAGAAUUAUUUUCUUGUUAUGCGCCAGGAUGGGGUGUAUUACAAUGAAUUGGAAACUCGUGUACGACUUAGUAAACGUCGCCAGAAGGCUGGUCAACAGCCGAAUAACACGCGUUUGGUAGUUCGACACAGACCACUGAACGCUAACGAGUUCAGGAUGCAACGAUACAGGGAAAAAUUGUUGGAGCCACCUAACGAGGACGACGAAGAUGAGGAGGAGGAAGAAGAAGAGGAAACACAAGCAGAGCCCGAGAAGAAUGAAGACAAAGGAAACUCAGACAACGAUGCCGGUUCUCGGACAUCUUCGCGAGCUUCUUCGCGAGCAUCCAGCAAGAAGUCGCGAUCAAAAUCUAGGUCACGUUCAAAAUCACCUUCGGGGUCCAAAUCACGAUCUCCCUCGAAAUCUCGUUCAAAGUCUCGAUCGCGUUCUAGAAGUAAGUCGAAAUCUGCUAGUCCUCGGUCCAGGAGUUCUUCCAAAUCGCGAUCUAGGUCAAGGUCCAGAUCAAGAUCCAAGUCAGGAUCAAGAUCUCGCUCCGGUUCUCCCGUUAAAUCGCGCUCGCAGUCGAAAUCUAAAUCCAGAUCUCCCUCACGAUCAAAAUCUAGAUCUAGAUCCAGAUCGAAAUCAAGAUCUAAGUCUAGAUCACGAUCAAGAUCUGGUAGUGCCAGUGGCAGUGGCAGCGGCAGUGGCAGUAGUGAAAGCGGUUCAGACAGCGAGUAAAUUACUUAGCUAGACAUAACGAAUUUAAUAUCCUUUCAUGAUUUAUAUCAUCUCUAUACUUUGGGAUAUAUUAUACUACAUCUUCACUAUUUUUUUUUGUUCUCUAUUAUUGACACCAAAUCUGUAGAAAAAAUCUGUGUACGUAAGACAAUGGAUUGCUGAUUAUAGUACUUUUACCUAUGUUUUUUGUCUUUCUAGUAUAACAAGAAAAUAAUUAAAUUUAUUGGCUGUUUAGCACAAUUUCGAAUUUGAAAA